AUGCUGGUGUGCCAAUGUCUAUAUUGGAACAGGGUUCGCGAUGCAACACAAACCGAACCCGAUUAUUUCUCUCUGCCCGACCCGAUCCCACAUUGGCCCGAAGGCACUGGAUUUGCUACCUCGAGAAUUAAUCUAGGAGAAUUAGAGGUUUGCCAAAUAACCAAGUUCGAAUUUAUCUGGGGUACAGAUGGGGAAAAAGGCGUUAGCUUCUACAAACCGAUCUCGAUACCCGAAGGCUUUUCUUGUCUCGGUCACUACUGUCAAUCUAAAGAAAGGCCUUUACAUGGAUUUGUUCUCGUGGCUCGAGAAUUCAACACACAGAGACACAGUUUAGCCCACAAUUCUUACCAUAAGCCACCUCUUGCGAAUCCCAUCGAUUAUUCGUUAAUAUGGAUUUCAGACAAUGAUGGAGAUGAUGACAAUUUUGACAGUUGUGGUUAUUUUUGGCUGCCACAGCCACCCGAGGGUUACAAAGCGUUGGGCUUUGUCGUCACCAACAAAUCCGAAAAGCCUAAUCCCGACGAGGUCAAAUGUGUCCGUGCCGACCUAACCGACACCUGCGAAAUUUACCGCCCGGUUGUCGACGUGUACUCGAAAUUCUCGAAGUUACCCCUUAGAGUCUGGAAAACGAGGCCCUUACACAGGGGAAUGUUCGGGAGAGGGGUAUUUGUGGGCACUUUUUACUGUGGUGACUGUUCGAGUUCCCGAGAUGAGCUGGACAUCGCUUGCCUGAAGAAUAUAGACACUAAUCUACAUGCAAUGCCGAAUUUGGAUCAAAUCCAUGCACUAAUCGUGCACUACGGCCCAACUGUAUUCUUCCACCCAGACGAAACCUACCUCCCAUCCUCUGUCUCUUGGUUUUUUGAAAACGGGGCCGUCUUGUAUGACAAAAGCUCUUCGGUAGAACGGGCAAUUGAUUCGGAAGGUUCUAAUCUCCCAGCCGGAGGAACAAAUGAUGGGGCUUAUUGGAUCGACUUGCCGGGGGACACCGAACGAGCGUGUUUCAUCAAACGGGGCAAUUUAGAGAGCGCGAAAUUGUACGUGCACGUGAAGCCGGCUUUAGGAGGGACUUUUACAGAUAUAGCAAUGUGGGUCUUCUGCCCGUUUAACGGGCCUGGAACUCUGAAAAUCGGGAUGAUGAAUAUUGCACUCAGCAAGAUCGGGCGCCACGUGGGCGACUGGGAGCACUUCACUCUCCGGGUGAGUAAUUUCUCAAGCAUGCUUUGGGCCGUGUACUUCUCGCAGCACAGCGGGGGGAAGUGGGUCGGGGCCCAUGACCUGGAAUUUCUCGAUGGGAACAAAUUUGCCGUUUACUCGUCCAGAAACGGGCACGCGAGUUUUCCUCACCCGGGGGACUACAUACAGGGCUCGGCAAAGCUCGGGAUUGGGGUGAGAAAUGAUGUUGAAAGGAGCGGCUACCGAGUUGACUCGAGCCGGAGGUAUGAAAUUGUGGCGGCCGAGUAUUUGGGGGAAGGGGUUGUGAACGGGCCGGGCUGGCUGGAUUACAUGAGGAAGUGGGGCCCGACGGUGGUUUACGACUCGAGGGCGGAGCUGGACAGGAUUAUCAAGGUUUUCCCGACGGUGGUUAGGUGCUCGUUGCAGAGUAUUUUGAACAAGCUGCCGUUGGAGUUGUACGGGGAAGAUGGGCCGACGGGCCCGAAGGAGAAGAACAAUUGGGUUGGUGAUGAGAGGUGGUAA